AUGGAUGAUGAUGCGGGCCUAGACGAUGCCUUUAAAGCGGCUGACGAUGUUUUAUAUAACGCCGUUGCUGGAAUUGCAGAGGUCAUCACCUCAGAAGGGAUCGUUAAUGUCGAUUUUGAGGAUGUUCGCACAGUAAUGGCCGAACAAGGCAAGGCAAUGAUGGGGACGGCAACGGCCAAAGGGCCGGAUCGGGCAAGAAAUGCUACAGAACAAGCUGUUCGUAGCCCUCUACUAGAAGGGAUUAAUUUAGCCGGUGUCCGAGGGGUUGUCCUUAAUAUUACGGGCAGUCGCUCGAGCUUAAAGUUGCGGGAAACGCAGGAAGCCGCGGAUAUUGUUAACCAAUAUACUCAUGGUGAAGCUACGCUCAUCUUUGGUGCGGUUUAUGACGAUACUAUGGGAGAUGAAAUCCGCGUGACAAUUAUUGCAACCGGUUUAGGGGAUGCUCAAAAACCCAUUAGGGGCUUGGAGUCGCCGCAACAGUUUAACCAAGCUCAGACUGCCUCCAAAGCGCAACACCCCACACAAGUGCCACCUAACCCAUGGAAUAAUAUAGCAAGUUCUGAUGUUGCCACAGGAGGAUUGCCCAUCUCUCAAGGUGUGCCCAAUUAUGGCGGCCACGGUGAGCGAGUACCAACUCACCCUCAAGAACAGCAAAUUCCUGCGGCAGCUAGUGUCGAUGCCAGCCGUAAGCCGGCCAUGCCAGCCGUUUGGCAAACUAAUAGUGCGCGCCAGUCAGCGAAUGCACAAAUUGAUGCGUUAAGGGAGAAGGGCUAUGACACCUUAGACAUUCCAACAUUUUUGCGUAACCAAGCGGACUAA